CCGUGUGUCGGUGCUUCACUGCGCGCGCGUGUGUGUGCUCGCGGAGAACCAAAAAGAGAGAACGCGGCACGAGCGGCGCAGAAACCCGCGAAAUCUGUCCGCUUUGAAGUCGCAGCCUGACUUUGAUCGGAACCAGCGCGUGACAGUGUAACGUCUGAGCAUGGGAUAUUAUUACAGGACCCGCGCGUGCACGACCUGAUUAUGGUUUUGGUGAUUAUGAUGAUGACAUGAUCGCGUUCGUCAGGGUUCAGGAUGAGCAGUGACGGCAGAGAGCUGGAUGACUCUGGAGUGGAAGAGGGCCCCAGGGAAGAGCCGGAGGAGGACGAUGAGCCCAAACUGUGCCAAGUGUGCGGAGAUUCUGCUACAGGAUAUCACUUCAAUGCCAUGACGUGUGAAGGAUGUAAGGGUUUCUUUAGACGGGCCAUGAAAGGUGCACCUAAUUUUCGCUGUGCCUUCACGAACAACUGCGUCAUCACCAAGAGCAACCGACGUCAGUGCCAGUCCUGCCGACUGAAGAAAUGCCUCUCAAUCGGCAUGCUGAAGGAGUUGAUCAUGUCAGAUGAGGCUGUGGAGAAACGGAGGAUGCUUAUUCGGAAGAAAAAGUUGUCCGAGGAACCUGCUUUGCUCACGCAAAAACAAGAAGCCCUCAUUCAGGAGCUGCUCACGGCUCAUACAAAAACAUUCGACAUGACCUUCUCUGACUUCAGGCAGUUCCGGCCACUGGACCGUGAUGCUGUGUACCCCCAGGAGCCUUCAGUCAGCCAUCAGCAUUCUCCUGAGACUGAGAGGAUGGAGGACGUAGAGGAGGCCAUCAGGCACGGCUCCUAUCUCGCCCAGACUGAAGAAGAUGAAAACAGUAAAGAAAGAAAACUCAAGUUCACCAGCCUUCCUCACAUCACAGACCUCAGCACCUACAUGAUCCAGAAGGUCACCAGCUACGCCAAGCUCAUCAAAACCUUCAGAGCUCUAUCAAUAGAGGAUCAGAUCGCACUGCUGAAAGGGUGUGCAUUCGAGAUCGUCCAAAUGCGCUUUAACAUGCUGUUUAACGAAAAGACGGGCAUUUGGGAAUGCGGCUCGCUGAAGUACUGCAUGAACGAUGCCCAACGUGCUGGUUUUCAGCGCCACCUGUUGGAUCCCCUGAUGAAGUUCCAUUACAGACUGCGCAGGCUGGGCUUAGACGAGGAAGAGUAUGUCCUGAUGCAGGCAAUCUCACUCUUCUCACCAGACCGGCCGGGUGUGACGCAGCACAGAGAGAUCGAUGAGUUUCAGGAGAUAUUAGCUCUCACACUAAAGAACUACAUCAGCGUGAAGCGGAGCGGCCCGGAGAAACAAUUGCUUUUCCCAAAAAUCAUGGCCUGCCUGACUGAAAUGAGGACUAUGAACGAGGAACACACUAAACAGGUGCUGCAGAUUCAGGACAUCCAGCCAGAAAUGUCUCCCCUCAUUCUGGAGAUCGUGAGCAGACAGUGUUGACCAGAGGUCACGUCAUUAGAUUCGACCACAGCAAGAGAACCUCAACCCUCACGGCUGAGCGGCACAGACUCGAUCCCGGAACACAUGGACGAUUCUGGUGUAAAUGAGAACGUAUCAAAUGAAAUAUGAUUUUAAUGCUGGACAGAUCUUGGGGGUUAGGUGUGAAAGUCCUGUGAAUGAAAGUCAGGCUGAAGACUGAACCAGAAUGGGAUGUACACCAAUUCUACAUAUCACCGUCUCGUAAAAAGCGGAGCUCAAAGCCGGGCUAGAGAUUGAAACACUAACACACGCCAUGUGUAUGCCAACAUCAUUAAACAUUAAUGGCCAUGUUGUCAAAACUGAUUAGUCAGUUUUUGAAAACUGAAGAAGACGGCAGGAAAUCAGGAAGUGUUUUGUUUUUUGUUUUUUGUUUUUGUGAAGGAAAAAAAGGUGUUGCUUCAAUGUUGUUUAAGUUACUACUUACUGCUAAGCUUUUAAACUUGUGUGCAUUAUUGGCCUUGUGUGAUUGCGAUCUCUUCUGCACUUAAUCUGAGCCAGAGCCCAUGGAGAGAUUCCACCAGAGCCAUGUAUGAUAGAAAAAAACAAACACUGGACCCUAUUUAUCUCCUCCGGUAAGACUAGCACAAAGACCUACGUAGACCAUGAGCUGCUCCCAAAACAAACCCAAACAUCCUUAUCCAGCCUGAACACCAAAACUGGCUGGAUAUAGUACCUGGGCUUGGGGCCGGCACUGAGAGUGCGCUGACGGUGGUUGGCUGUGGGUCAUCUUUGGAAAAUCAAACCUUGGCCUUUGUGAGGGAGAGACUGAGGGAUGCUCACACUGACCUAAUGUAAACCGUUCUUUAAAAUAGUAAUAAAAUUACAGAGUGUCUCAGUGGUGUAGUGGUUAGCACUGUCGCCUUGCACCUCCAGGAUCUGGGUUCGAUUCCCACCUCUGGGUUUGUGUGCAUGAGGUUUGCAUGUUCUCUCCCGUGCCUGGUGGGUUUCCUCUGGGUACUCUGGUUUCCAUAAUUCAAAGACAUGCUGAUUGGCGUUGCCCGUAGAAUGCCCCAUGUCUCCUGGGAUAGGCUCUAGGCCCCCUAUACAGGAUAAAUCCCUAUAGACGAUGAGAGGAUGAUUGCACAAAGUUAAGGAGGCGUGGUCAGAGGAGGCAUAACCAAGUAUUAGGAAAGGAAAAAGAAUGCGUGACUGCUUUUUUGUCCGGGGAGCUUGGAGUUUCCGAUUUCCUGGAAUAAAUCACAUCAAUGCAAAGUCAUGUCACAUGCUACACGGUUCGCAUGUGCUUCUCUUAAUUACCUCUAGAUAAUCUAGAAUAGUUAAUGUCAUCUAAUGGCAUUAAAUUGAUCAUCUGAAAGUAAAUGUAAUAAUAAUAAUAAUAAUAAUAAUAAAUGCAGACAGUAACAUUUAGAUAAGUCCGGUGCCCAUUUGUGUUCCACAGUAUAUUUGUGAUGUGUUUAAAGUUUUAUUCCAAAGCAUUACUUUGCCGUGCAUUAAAUUAUUCUGUUUUUUGUGUGUGU